UUCCCGGCAGCUGCUCUGCAGCGACAAAACUGCAAAACAUUUAUUAAAAAAAUAAUAAUAAUACCGACAGAGCUUGAUUAAAAAUGUCCUUUUCGAGAGCUCCUUUGAAGAGGUUCAAUGACCACGUCGGCUGUGCUCCUGCUCCAGGAACCUACGAGAUUAAAUCAGAGGAUCCGAAGGGAGCUGCGUCCUUCGACAAAUCUGAUCGAUUCAGGRCUGUUAAGGCAGCCACUGCUGCUGCCCUGCUGCCUCCAUCAUCACCUUCCAGAAAUGUSUUUGUCUCUCCUGUCCGAAGGACUUUAUCUGCUGAUGGACUUGUUACUGGAGGCUCCAGUGCAAAGCAGGAAAAAACCGGCAUGUCCUUUGAGAUGAAGCAGCAGAAACUCUUAGAGAAAGAGAUCCGAUCCCUGGUGCAGCAGCGAGGGGAGCAGGACCGUCYCGUGCUGGGCCUCGAAGAAGAGCUGAAGAAGGUGGAGGCCAAGCUGCUGGCUUCAGUGAGGGAGAAGACCGGUCUCACUGCCAGUGUGAUUACGCUUGAAAGACAGCAAGCAGAGCUCAAGAAGYUCAAUGAGUUUCUGAAAAACAAGGUUUCUGCUGACACUACAAAAAAGAGAAUCAAUUCUCUCACAAUGGAGCUAAUGGAAGCGAGGAACAAUUUGGAUGCUAAAAACCAGGAGGUAAGCCUCCUGCAAAUUAACUCUGAAGGCCAGCUGAAGGCGCUAGAAAUAGAUCUCCAGACAGCCAGAGCUACUGUUUCUGCUCUCGAUAAUAGGAAUAAAGAUCUGGAGGAGCUGCAUCAGGUGACAAAAACCCAGAAUGGAGAGAUGGAGAAUGAAAAUGCUCGGUUAAAUGCUGUGAUACAAGAGCUGAGAGAGGAGAUCAGAGUCCUUCAGAGAUACCUGGAUGAAGCAAAUGACCAGAUACAAGAYCUCCGUCUGAAGAUUGAAGAGAAGACACUGGAGAACACAGUUGCUGGUUCUCAAMUGGAGAAACUAAACCAACUAGAGCUGCGAGCUGCAGAACUGGAAACCACUCYGGUUUUGUUGAGGCAGAAAGAGGAGGAGGCCCAGACAUUCCAAGACGAGCUGCAGGCGUCCAAAACCGCUUUACGGGAAGCGGAGCAGAGACUGGAGCGGCAAGAGGCGCAGCUCAAGUUUGCACAAACGGCACUGAUCGACAUGGAGGAGCAAAUGAAACAGGCCAGCCAAGAAGUGCAGGACUCCCAGGCCACAGUCCGUCAGCAAGAGGCAGAGCUCGCCAGGCUGAGGGAGGUGCUCAGGAGAACCGAGAGGGAGCUGGACGAGAGGGUGGCACAUCUCGAACAGAGGUGUCUGCUCUCAGAGGAGGAAAGAUACAAAACUCAAGAAGAUGGGCUCAGGAGAAUCGAGGAGCUGAAGAUGGAGCUGAACUUGUUGCAGCAGGCUAAAAGAGAUGAGAGGAAGAGACAGAUUCAGCUUGAGCAAGAACGCGAGGCGCUCACAGAGGAGCUGACAAAAGAAAAGGCUCUCGUGGACUCUUUGACUGCACUUGUGGAGCAGGAGAGGGAGGAGUCCGAGGAGCGAAUGAGUCAGCUGAAGGAGGAGAUGGAGGAGGUGCUGGGGGAGCUGGCUGUCAUGGAGGAACAAGAGCUGAAGAGGCAGGAGAUGGCAGAAAACAGGCAGGAGGUCAUUCAGAGCCUGCAGCAGGAAAAAGAGGCGCUGGAGCGACAGCUGAACGCCCUUCUGGAGGGUAAAAGCAGCGACGUGGCGUGUAUGAAAGAGCUGCAUUUAUCAGCCGUGAGAGAGCUGCAGGAGGCAAACGCCGACUCUCAGAAGAAGAUGGAAGAUGUUGUCACGGAGCUGGAAAGCACCAGAGAGGAUCUGAGGGGAGCGAGAGGAAGACAGAGAGAGCUGGAGGCAGAGGUGGAGCGAGUGACCCGGCAGCUGACGGAGGCCGUGGACCAACUGGUGGAACAGAAAGAGGAGGAGCUCGGCAGACUGAGGCGGCAGACAGAGGAGCACCAGGAGAGACUCUUGGCUGAAGAAAAAGCCAAGGAGGAGAAUUCAAAAGCUCUGCUUGAGGUUCAGGCUCGCCUCGCACAAAAGGAUGAGGAGAUGAAGGCCGCAGAGGCGAGCCGCGCAGCUGAAAUCGCGCAGCUUCAAACGCAGCUGCAGACGCAGAUGAACGAGACGGAAGAGGCGCUGGGGCGUCUCGAAGAACAGAGAAAUCAGAAUUUAACUCAGCUCUGGCAUGAGAGGGAGGAGGCCCAGAGAGUCUUGGAGGAGAUCAGUCAGCACAAAGCAGAAAUAAUAAAGCAGCUCCAAGAAGAAAAAGAGGAGAGAGGAAAACUUCACAGAGCUCUCGAGGAGGAAAAAGAAGCCCUGGAAGUUGAGAGGCGAAACCACGAGCGGGUCAGGUCAGAGGCACAGGCACUACACGCUGAGCUCCGAGAGUUAAACCAGGAGAGGGAGAGUUUGCUCUCGGAGGUGGAAUUUAAAGAGAUCAGGCGUGUGCUGGAAAACCAAGUGAACACGGCCGAACAGGACAGAGAUCAGCUCCGGGCUCGCCUGGACGACACCGAACAAGAAAAGGUUAGYCUGCAGGCCCAAUUAAACGUCAUGGAGGAGAAGACGCAGGCUCUGGAACAUGAGCUGGAAAAGCACAGACAGGAGAAACUGGCUCUGAGGGACCAAGCAGAAGUACUGACUCAGGAGAAGGUUACACUGCAGUGGGAAAUGGAGGAGCAGCGACAGGAACUCCAAAGACAAUUAGCCGAAGUACAAGAGAAGAGCUCCUCUUUUGCUGAGCUGGAGCGCUGGAAGAAACAGUACGAGGAGCUGUUUGCUAAAGUCAGGCCCUUUCAGGAACAACUUAAUGCAUUUGCAGCAGAGCGGGCCGCUCUGCUUAAUGAGAAUGGGACAAGCCAAGAAGAAUUAAAUAAAUUAGCUAACGCUUAUGCUAGCCUCCUGGGGCACCAAAACCAGAAGCAGAAGAUCAAACAUGUGAUGAAGCUCAAAGAUGAAAACAUCUCCCUGAAACAGGAGGUGUCAAAGCUUCGUUCUCUCGUGAGCCGCCAGAAGAGUGAUCUGGAACAGCUGAAAGCUAAGCUCCCGGGCGCUCUUCGUCGCAGGUUUGAUCCCAGCAAAGCUUUUCAGCACGACAAGGAGAACAGGAGAACUGAAACAACCAAACUUCUUAAAGAAGGGAACCAUAAAGAGCAGUAGAGCUCCUCUGGUUGACAUGUUCGAACAGCGAAAAGGACGGACC